AUGGUUCCCGUUCUCAAGAAGUACAAGGCCGCCGCAGUCAAUGCUGAGCCAGGCUGGUUCGACCUCCAGGAGUCUGUCCGUCGGACAAUCCACUGGAUCGAUGAAGCAGGAAAGGCAGGCUGCAAGCUGAUUGCUUUCCCCGAGCUGUGGAUCCCCGGCUACCCGUACUGGGCUUGGAAGGUAAACUACCAGGAGAGCCUGCCCUUGCUGAAGAAAUAUCGCGAGAACAGUCUCGCUUCCGACUCGGAUGAGAUGCGCCGCAUCCGCGAAGCAGCCAAAGCCAACAAGAUUUGGGUGUCUCUUGGAUACUCGGAGCUCGAUCUCGCCAGCUUGUAUACGACGCAGAUUAUGAUUAGCCCAGCCGGAGAUGUCAUCAAUCACCGUCGCAAAAUCAAGGCUACCCACGUCGAGCGCCUUGUUUUCGGUGAUGGCACUGGCGACACUACUGAGUCAGUGAUGGACACCGAGAUCGGCCGCAUUGGACACCUGAACUGCUGGGAGAACAUGAAUCCUUUCCUGAAGGCGUACGCCGCCUCGCUCGGCGAGCAGGUGCACAUCGCUGCUUGGCCUCUGUAUCCCGGAAAGGAGACCCUCAAGUACCCGGACCCAUACACCAAUGUGGCCGAGGCAAACGCAGAUGUAUAUUUCCCCUUUUCCUUUUUGCGAGGAGUUGGUCUGAUUACUGACAAGACUGCUCAGCUUGUUACCCCUGCUUACGCGAUCGAGACCGGUUCGUUCACUCUUGCGCCGUGGCAGACAAUUACUGCCGAGGGGAUCAAGCUCAACACACCUCCUGGAAAAGAGCUUGAGGAUCCCAACAUCUACAACGGGAAUGGCCGUAUCUUUGGGCCCGAUGGACAGAACCUCGUUCCUCACCCCGACAAAGACUUCCAGGGACUUCUUUUCGUUGACAUUGACCUCGACGAGAUCCAUCUUACCAAGUCUUUGGCCGAUUUCGGCGGUCACUAUAUGCGCCCGGACUUGAUCCGUCUCCUUGUCGACACUAACCGCAAGGACUUGGUCGUGCACGAGGACAGAGUCAACGGCGGUGUUGCUUACACUCGGACUAUUGACCGGGUCGGACUGUCUGCUCCCUUGGAUGCGUCGGCUGCCGAGGCUCAAUCCGAGAGCAUGUAG